AGAUAAGUGUAUUGAACCCUCUGUCAGGGAAGACUGCAUAGACAGACAAGGCUGUCACAUUGAAAGCUGUUUCUGACUCCACAAGUUGCCAGAGAUUAUUUUAUUUAACAGUGUCUCCAGGUUUUGGUGGAAGAUGGCAAUGAUGGCAGUUUGGGCAGCAAUGCUAAUCACAUAUGGACUCUCUACAGGAAUUGCAAUGCGCUUCGCUGAACCCAGGCUAAAUAGUUGCCUUCAACUGGAUACGGCUCCAGACUCUGUUGAUGACAUGUAUGAUGGCUGCAAAGUCCAAAUGAAGUCUAAGGUGCAAACUGAAUACUUGGAGAAUGAAAAAAACGGAGACUGCAACUUCCAAAAGGCCUGGGAUGAAGCAGAGAAAUACCACAACCAAAAAUGGAAGCGUAAAAUCAGAAAGCGACCUCCCACCUACCUGGGGAAAGAACAGAUAAUGGCUAUUUAUGUUUAUACCCUCGACAAGCCAAACAUCUAGCUUGAUUUUAAUAAUGCAGUUCGAACCCAGAAACAUGAGUACGAUACCAGUUUCAGGUAUCACACCCUUCACUUUUUCCUGACUGACGCCCUCCAAACUCUCAACGCUCGCAAACCUGAAGGGGAAAGAUGUCUCACUGGCUACCGCAGAGUCAACACCUACUUUAGUCGAGAUGUUCUCAACAAGGAGAUUCGCUUUGGCUCCUUCACCUCCAGCUCAAUGGGUCAGUACACCAGCACCAAUUUUGGGGAGAAGUCAUGCUUUGAGAUUGUCACAUGCUUGGGAGCAGAUAUCUCGCUGUACUCUAAGAUUGGCGAUUUAGAAGGAGAAAUUCUGAUUCCUCCUUAUGAGGUCUUUAAAGUCACAGAGAUAAAGACCCGAUCUGACGAUCUGAGUCUUCCAUGUGAAGUGGUCUAUAAAGUCAAAAGUACACGCGAGCCUCUUUCCAAUUUGAAUUGUGCUCUUUUCUGAAAUAAGCAAGCUCACACAGGAAAUGCAAUUUUGCAAUGUACUAUAUUAAGUAUUGCAAAUGAUCUUUAAUCAAAUAUCAUUUGAAUAUGGAAUUCUUUGUUAUACACACAGGAAACGACAUUAUUUCUUUAAUAAUUUGACAAUAUCAAAUUAAAUUUAAAAAUUGAAUAGCCAGAGGUGUGGAGGUUAUACCGUGCAACACAUGUUAAAGAAAGGACCAUAUAGAUAAAUGAAUAUAAAUUAUAAGUAAUUGUAAUUGUUAUAAUGGAUCUGUCUUGUUGAGAAUAUUAAAUCACUUUUCAGCCCAACAGAGAGAGACAGUGGAUUUAAUAAAAUGCUGAACAUAUUAUGAAGAGUAUUAAUGUGGAUUGUUCCAAAUAACUCACACUGUGGGUGAAUGAGAAAUAGUAAAUGGCAUUAAAGAGCUUUUCAGAGACUGAUUAAGCAUCUGUGAAGCGUCGGUCGCUUUUCUGUGAGGAAAUGUGUGUUGAAUAUCAAGAGUUGGUCACUGUAUAAUACAUUGUGUUGAGUAUUUCCCAUGUAAUCUGCAUUUAAACUGGAAGCAUAAUCCUUCCCACAAUGUUAUUGUAUCAAAUGUCAAUGUGUCCAGAAAAAAACAAUAAACACCCGCUUGU